AUGUCGCUUCAAUCUACACCACAGCAGUCGCCAAUCUCGCUAUUGGAGAUAUUCCCUGUUGAGGUCCUCAGCAUCAUAUUCUCCAAACUCCAAACAAAAGAACGGAUUGCUUGCACCGACGUCUGUCCGCAAUGGCGUGCAUUCCUUCUCAAUUGGCCCGACAUGUGGCGUGAUAUUUCAACAGAAGGACACUUCAACAUUGGUCUCAGCUUAUUGCCAUUUCGUACGUACAUUCGCGGCGAGACUGUACGACAAGUACACUUUGAUUGUGGCGAGAUAUCUUCAUGGUACAAGCCUGGCGAGCCUGAUACAACGCGGGUGAUUGACUUUUUGCUUGCUCAAGAGUGCUUCCAUCUGCAGAAGGUGUUUAUGCGUGCUGCUUUUGAGUCUGAAUCGACGUUUUCCAAGUUUGUCUUUUUGACGGGGCGAGAUACCAUCACUGAACUUGAAAUUGAUUGCAAGGAUCGAGAAAUUGCUGCUAUGCGUGUAUUGGAUGCUGUGCUACGCUAUUAUCCCAACCUUCAACGCUGUGCAUGCAAAACACAUCGCGACUGGCCGGUUGACCGAGCAGGGCUAUUUGAGAACGUGAGACCACAUCAACACCUUCAAGAACUUGUCAUCCACUUAUCAGGCUAUCGACCACUUCCCAUCGAUCGCAUCGUUCAAUACAUGCCAAAGCUACGACGAAUAGCUUCAACAUCACUCAUUUGUGAGGACGUGGAUCCAAUAUUACAACACAUCAUGGCAAGCUGUCCUGAUAUUGAGCAUAUCAAUUUGGGUGGCACAUUGGAACAAAAUCCUUCUCGUAUGAUCAAGUCAUCUAUAUCGCCUCAAAAAGGACUCAAAUCACUCUACAUAUGCCAUCGAAGGCGUUGGCGAGGUAUUGGAUUGAUUCACGUGAUGGAUCGUUAUCAUCAUACUCUGGAAUCUCUUUCAAUCUUUGGUGACCUUGGAUUACAUCCACUCGUGAUGGCUCGAUUAGCAGCGCUUUCAUUUCCUCGUCUUGAUACCCUCAUACUUGCAAUGACAGACGGCGGAUCAGAAGCUGUUGACUAUAAUAUCAACAUGGCUGCAUUUUUACGGCAAUCAACACGGCUAAGGCAUUUACAUCUCGCAAAGUCAUCAGCAAACAACAUUGUAUUCCUCAAUGGACUCCAGCAAUUAUCCUCUCUUCGACAACUCAUCAUCGACGAUUGCACUUUUCUUAGCGACACAGCUCUCAUGCAGUUAUUAUCGCAUCAACCCCAUCUCACCGAUCUCAUACUCAAACACACAGCUGCUGUAACCGAUGACGUCUUUGAAAGUAUUGGCACCAACUGUACCGCAUUGAGAAGAUUGCAUGUCCAUAGCCCUGUAAGCACUAUUCAUGGAUUGAAACGAUGGAUGGAUACCCGUGCAAAUGGAUCAUGUAAAAGACUUGAAUCACUGGAGGUUUAUUGCUCUGCCAAAGAUCACGAGGAAAUGCUGGAAUCGGUUUUGGAUCGAAUGGGGGAUUAUGCAAAACAAUGGCAAUUUGGAACCUUACCACAGCAAGAUCGUCAAUGCUAUCAAAUUGUUUUUACACACCACACAUGGCUUGCAAAGCGCUUGCAACUUUUCCAAUCCUUGUAUAAAGAAGUAAAUUAA